CAGCGUGUUUUUGAUUAAUUUAUCAUAAUUCGCAAAUCUCAGAUCAUCAGCUCCCUACGUAGAUAGAUUAGCAUUGAUUUAAUAAGUGUUAUUGUCAAGGUUCGCCACAGUAGCUUGCUAAUCGUGACACUUUCAGAAUGAAAUUAGUUUUGGUGUUGAUGCUGUGCGCGUUGGCUGCGGCCGCGCCCAGAGUUGAGAAGCAAGAUAUCUUGCAGCCAAUGACGUCAGAAAUCAGCAAUGACCCACAAGAGCGUAAUAUCCUGUUGAACGCGUUAAUCCGUCAGCUGAUCGCCUACGUCAGAAGAGUCAUCAACAAUGGCUCAGUCAUCUUUGGUUUCCCACCCCUCGACCCCCUAGUCUUGGAUCACCUCGAUUUGAACAUUCCUGCUGGCCUUAUCAACCUUCAACUAAAACUGAGAGAUGUUUUGGUGACUGGUUUGGGCGGUUUCGAAGUGCCUAAGAGCAAUCUCGACCUAAGGGCUAUGACAUUUGACCUGGAAAUCGUGUUUCCACGUAUUGAUAUAGAUGCAGGUGAAUAUGACCUAGUUGGUGACCUCUACAACGCUAUUCCCCUAUAUGGAAAGGGCCCAACAAGGUUUGUUAUCGAAAACUAUACGAUACGCUGCGUCCUUCAUUUGAAACAGUCAGAGGAUGAAAAGUCAGUCCUUAUCGACAGAGUUGAAGGAGCUUCCUUCGAAAUUCCGAGUUUCAAGUCUGAAAUGGUUGGUGUCAUCGGGGGAGGGGACUUCGAUGCUAUCGCGAACGCCUUUACUGAAGAGAUUCUUAUCGGCUACGUCAACCGGUUCCAAGGUGCUAUCUCUUUCGUCACGUCCAUCUUAAUUGUAGAAUUUGGAAACCCAUUCUUAGAACAAUUGGAAACCUGGAAAUACAUCGCUCCCUUUGUGCCUCGCAAUUAGACUGAUGUAGAAGACAUUUCGAAGACAAAUUUUUAAAAUCUGGAAAUUAAAUGUUAUUGGAUCUGUAUAUACCUACCCACAAAUAGAGUGAAACAGUUUUGUUGUU